AGUGAAGACACCUGUGUGGGUGUGUGAGGCCUUUAACAAACUUUCCCAAAGAAAGAAAGACAGCACAGUCUGAAGUCUGACAGCUAUCAAGGAGGAAAACCCCAAAGAUUUUAUGACAACAGACUUACGUCAUCCUGUACUCAGCCAAUCAGCGCGGCGGGCUGCGACCCAAACACGGAAGCAGCAGCAGCAGCAGCAGCUCAGCUGAAGCAAAAGUUCAGGCUCCUCUGUUUUCUUCUUUUAUAAAUGUGACUUAAACGCUGUUAAUCCAUGUGAACAGUUUAAAACAUACAGCUCAGCUCACGUUGCUUCUUCACGAUGGCUGUGCGGUGGGCUCGUGUUGCUGUGCCGCUGUGUGUUGUGGUUUUAUCGGUUGUUGUUUCCAUUAUCGGACCAAAACAAGUCAUGCCGCCUCCGCUGCCCGCCGCCCUCGGUGUGUGCUCCCUGGUCGGGCUGACGCUCCUCUGGAGGGACAUCAGCUCCAAGAUGAAAGGUGAAAACCGGACAGUCAGCGGCCUGGUCGGUCAGUAUCUGGCCGUGAAGGGGUUAGGCUGGCUGGGCAGGCGGCAGAGGAGGAAGCUUGAAGCGGACACUGUGAAUGUGAAGCGGGCCCAGGAGGAGACUCUGCUGAGGCGCAUGCGUAAAAACGCAAACACAUGUUAUGGAAGACAGUAUGACUUCAGCUCGAUUAAAGACAGCGACGACUUCCGGGCACGCCACCCCAUCACCACGUACGAGCACUACCGUGAGUUCAUCCAACGCAUCGCGGCAGGAGAGGAGAAGGUGAUCAUCGCUGAGAAACCGCUGAUCCUGGCCAUGACCUCCGGGACGUCAGGACCCAGCGCCAUGCUGCUGAGCACCUCGGACACAAACACUGAGUUCUUCCUGCAGGGAGUCACUGUGUGUUUAGAUGCCAUGCGACAAGCAUUUCCUGCAACAGACAGCCUCCAGCGGACCACCAAGUUCUUCUACUCUCCUACAUUUCGCCAGUCUGAGGCCGGUAUUCCCAUCGGACCAAACUCCUCCACACCAGCGUCUUCCCGCCACAUGCUCAACCUCUACACCACACCGGCACCCGCCUUUGAGGUUUCCAGUGAGAAGGACACCCUCUACCUGCAUCUCCUAUUUGCUCUCAAAGAUCCCAGUGUUGGAACACUGGAGUCCAACUUUGCUUCCACGGUCUUCUAUGCUUUUAGUGCUUUACAGGACCGCUGGCAGGAGCUUGUGGAGGACAUCGAACAAGGGAAGGUUAGCAGCGCUCUGGUUCUGGAGCCCAAAGUCAGGUCCAGGCUGGAGGCUCUGAUGAAGCCGGACCCAGUAAGGGCCGCUCAGCUCCGGGCGCACUUCCAGGACGGCUUCAGUGGAAUCGCCAAGCGGCUGUGGCCUCACCUCCACCUGGUGCUGGCAGUGGACUCAGGCUCCAAUCAGAUCUAUGGGGAAAUGCUGAGGGAGAACUACUGCCAGGGAGUGCCUUUCUAUUCACCAUUCUACGCUGCCACUGAAGGUCUAAUAGGUGUGAACCUUUGGCCUCAGGAGGCGAACAGACGUUACAUGCUGUGUCCUCGUUCGAUGUUCUGCGAGUUCCUGCCGGAGAGCAGCCUGGAGGAGGAGACGCCUCAAACUCUGCUGAUGGAGGACGUGAAGGAGGGACAGAGCUACGAGCUUGUUAUCACGAACGCUUCAGGACUCUUCAGAUAUCGCAUCGGAGACAUUGUGAAAGUAGUCGGAUUCCACAACCAGUGUCCCGUUGUCGAGUUUCAAUACAGACGGGGUCAGAUGUUGAGCGUCCGAGGGGAGAAGGUGUCCGAGGCGUUGUUCCUCGAUUCUCUGAAGAAAGCAGUUUCUCAGUGGCCAGGCGCUCAGCUAAUAGACUAUUGUUGCGCUGAGAGCGGCAUCAUGGGAGAUUCAAUAGGCGGCUCAGAUCCUCAUUACCAGGUCUUCAUAGAGCUGAAAGGUGUGAGAAACCUCACGGAGGAGCAACGAUACAAGUUGGACAUCUGUCUCCAGCAGAACUCGGCCGUCUACAAGUCUUUCCGUAUCAAAGGCAGCAUCGGACCAAUGAGGGUGCAGCUGGUGGCAGCUGGCGCAUUCAAGGAACUUCGCAAGCACAUGAUGGCCUUUUCGAACACCUCGCCCAACACCUUCAAAAUGCACCGAGUGCUGCGUAGGAAAGAAUACGCUGACUUCCUCUUGGGGAAAACCGUCUCCUGAAACCAAAGGAGACCAAAGCAUGUGACUGUGGUGAGCGCCGACUGAAUGAAUGACUCCGGUUUUUACCCACGAGUGAGUUGAUAAAUUGCGUCUUUGGGAACUGUUGAACAGAAAAACAAUCAUUCCCAUCUGACAAUUAAAUAGUUUGACUGAUUUAUAUUCUCAACCGUAUUUACAAUUUUUAUUAAACUGUUACCAUCGUUUUGUUGUAAUGAAACAUUUCAUGACCUCGUCUGCAAUAAAUAUAGUGUACCAAA